GCGAUUGCGAAGGGAAGAAUGGCAGCAAAAACCUCGACGGUGAUACUUCUUGUGAAGUAAUGCAAAGAAACUCUGAAAAGAAGGAAAAAUCCCAGAAAUGGAAGAUAGUUCAACGCCAAGGCGAGAUUUUCCGGCAUUCCCAUUUGAGCCCUACUCGAUCCAGAUAGAUUUUAUGUCAUUCCUUUACAAGUCGCUCGACAGAGGAGGCGUCGCCAUGCUCGAGAGCCCCACAGGGACGGGCAAAACUCUAAGCAUCAUUUGCAGCGCGCUCCAAUGGCUCGUUGAUCGCCGAAAGCAGCAGCAGCAAUGGAAGAAGACAACGGAAACUCCAGAUAUUGGUUAUGGCGAUGAGGAGCCCGAUUGGAUGAGAGAUUUCGUCGUUGCAGAUGGUCAACAGAAGGAAGAGAAGCGAGGGAAGCGAUUAGGGUUUGGAGACUGGGAUGCGGAAAAGAAAGCCCCCUUUUCAACGAUCGAGAGCGAGGGUAAAAGGCCAGAGGGUCUCACUGGAGAUGAUGAUGUGGAGUUUUUGUUGGAUGAUUACGAGAGUGAAGAGGAUGGUUGGGACAAUGGCGGUAGAGGAUCGAAGAGGAAAGGCAGGAGAUGUUUGGAUUCCAGCAGUAGUGAUGAAGAUGUUGAGGAGGAUCAAGAGAUCUCCCCCAAGGUAUAUUUCACGAGCAGGACCCAUUCUCAAUUGUCACAGUUUGUAAAAGAGUUUAAGAGGACAGUCUUUGCUUCAGAGCUCAAUCUCAUCUGCCUGGGCUCCAGGAAGAAUCUUUGCGUCAAUCCCGACGUUCUGAAGCUAGGGAGUGCGAACCGGAUUAAUGAGCGCUGCUUGGAGCUGCAGAGAAAUCGUAGCAACUCCAAAAGCAAGGUUCAAGAUAAUAAUAGGAGAUUGCACCGUCCUAAACAUUCCAGUGGUUGCCCAAUGUUGCGGAAGCAUAAUUUACGAAAAUCAUUCAAGGAUAAAAUUCGAGAACUUGGUGCGUUGGACAUCGAGGAUCUUCAUCAACUGGGUAGUAAGAUUGGAACUUGUCCAUACUAUGGUUCACGUGACAUGAUUAGAGCAGCUGAUCUUGUGGUACUUCCAUACCAGUCCCUUCUCCAGAAAUCUUCGCGUGAAUCACUUGGUCUAAACCUGAAGAAUAACAUUGUAAUCAUAGACGAGGCACAUAAUUUGGCAGACUCCCUGACAAAUAUGUACAAUGCAAGGAUUACUUCAGCGCAGUUGCAGCAGGUUCUGUCCCACCUCCAACUUUACCUUGAGAAGUUCAGAAAAUGCUUAGGUGCUGGGAAUCGGCGGUACAUCCAGACUCUGAUCGAAGUAACUAAGUCGAUCCUUCGAUUAUUGCUAAGCCAUCAGGAUGAUGACUCUAAAUUUAGUGCUUGUCUGACUGAAAGUGCUCCUCUUGAGGAAGAUAAUUCGAUGACAAUAAAUGAAUUCUUAUUUUCUCUUGAUAUUGAUAACAUCAACUUUGUCAAACUUGUUCAUUAUGUGAAGGAGAGCAACAUUAUUCACAAGGUCAGUGGAUAUGGCCUGAAAGUUGGCUCUCAAAUUGUUUUGGAAGAUGCUGAUAAUCAGAGGAUCAAUGUAGAAGGAAGCAUUGUGUCUAGCUUCCAGGCUUUAGCUGACGUUUUACUUCGACUGACAAAUAAGGACAAUGAAGGAAGAAUAAUACUAUCUAGGCAAAGGUUGCUAAACUCGAGGCAAAUAGGAGAUGCUUAUCUUAAAUAUGUUAUGCUUUCAGGGGAUAGGAUCUUUACCGAGAUUAUGGAUCAAACACAUGCAAUUGUUCUGGCAGGAGGCACUCUGCAGCCUAUUGAGGAGAGCAGGGUGCGCCUCCUCCCUGCCCUUUCCAUUGAUCAAGUGCAAUUUUUCACAUGCAAACAUAUUGUUCCUCCAGAGAGUAUUCUCCCAAUUGCUGUUUCUUGUGGACCUUCUGGGUUAACUUUUGAUUUCAGCUACAAUUCAAGAAGCUCUCCAAGCAUGAUAGAAGAACUGGGCCGAUUUAUUGCCAAUCUCGUGGCAAUAGUUCCCGAGGGGAUGGUUGUGUUCUUCUCCUCCUUUGAGUACGAAGGACAGGUUUACAGUGCCUGGAAGGCUUCUGGCAUUCUGCCAAAAAUUCUCAAGAAGAAGCGUUUAUUUAGAGAACCCAGAAAUAACGUGGAUGUGGAGGUUGUUCUUAGGGAAUACAAGGAAAGCAUAUAUCCUCCCAGUGGGAAUUCAAAAGCUGAUCCAGGAACUUCUGGUGCAAUUCUCCUUGCCGUAGUUGGUGGAAAGAUCUCUGAAGGUAUAAACUUCAGUGAUGGCAUGGGUCGCUGUGUUAUUAUGGUUGGACUUCCAUAUCCAAGUUUAUUUGAUGUUGAAUUGAUUGAAAGAAUUAAGCAUAUAGAAGGGCUUGGAGACACCUCACAAAAAACCAGCAGAGCUAGCAGCAGUGAAUCAGUUCAGUCUGGUUUUGACAUUUUAAGAAGCUGCAAACAAAGAGGAAAAGAAUACUACGACAACUUGUGUAUGAAAGCGGUUAAUCAGUCCAUAGGCCGAGCCAUCAGGCAUGUACAUGACUAUGCUGCUGUGUUAUUAGUAGACUGGCGCUACACUUACAAUUCCUCGAAUCAAAAUUUCUCAAGACCUGCUGAUAAACUCCCCAUUUGGAUUAGGGACCGCCUGGUUUUUGCCACUGGAAGUUAUGGUGAAGUUCAUAGACUUCUGUUUCAGUUCUACCAACAUAACAGGCAGAAGUUUUGCAGGUAGAAAUAAUAAAUAAAGCUCUCUCGGUGGGUUAUACUCAGAUGAGAGAUAAUGGUGCAGUAAAGUAA